CUUAAUUUUCAAAUAUGUCUGGUCGUGAGGGUGGCAAGAAAAAGCCUUUGAAGGCACCCAAAAAGGAUUCCAAAGAAUUGGACGAAGAUGACAUUGCUUUCAAGCAGAGACAAAAGGAGGCCCAAAAGGCUUUGGAAGCUGCCAAGCAGAAGGCAGCACAAAAAGGACCCUUGGUUGGAGGCGGUAUUAAAAAGUCUGGCAAAAAGUAG